CGUUAGACCCCGCGUGUCAACAAUGGCCGUGCAGUUACCUCAAAGGAUCCCUCCAUCCGUGCAGCCGCUUCAGUCACGAGACUUUGUACAAGUUUACGAGAUGCCGACGAGUAAACAAAGCCGUAGGCACCACCGGCGCUCCACUACAUCGCCGUCACGGCACCACAACCAACUGCCCUGCCAAGUGCCAGCUGCCUAUAAACCCUCUUGCUUCUCUUCAGUCUUUGCCAGUGGCCGCCACCACCACCACCCCUCGCCCACAUCCGGCCACGGUUCUGCCAGAGCGGGCCGGGCCGGGCCGAUGGACCUCGACGCCGGCAUGAUCCCCACCUCCCCCUCGGCCGACUCCUCGCCGUCCUCCUCCGACCUCGACACCGAGUCGACGGGGUCGUUCUUCCCGGACAGGAGCACGACGCUGGGGACGCUGAUGGGCGUGUCGGUGUUAGGCGGAGCGCAGCGGCGGGCGCCGGGGGCGCUGGCGGGGGAGGAGAGGGAACAGACGCAGCGUGCAGCGCAGGAGGAGGAGGGGGAAGACGGGAGGCGCGGCGGCGGCGUGUGGCAGCGGAGGAGGCGGCGGCGGCGGCGGCGCGGGCGCAGCCUCGGCGGGAGCUGGUGGCGGCUGUGCCGGGACGACGACGGCGGGCCGCCGACGUCGCUGGGCGAGUUCCUGGACAUGGAGAGGCAGCUCGCUUGCGCUGACUUCCUGUGCGACGGGACCGGCGCCUCGGGGAGGGAGACGGCUGCGGCUGCGGCUGCUGCGGCGUCCGUGGCGGCCACGACGAUGUUCGAGGACGGGAGGGUGCGGCCCCCGCAGGCGCAGCAACCGGUGGCCGCGGCGGACGAGAGGGGGAGGUGGCGGCUUCUGCGGGCGUCAGAAGGGUCGUCGUCGUCGACCUCGUCGCUGGCAAGGUUGCCGGUGCUGCUCACCGGCAUCUGCAGCGGCGGAGCUGGGUAACCAAUGGUGCUCACAAACUGCAAUUAAGUCUCUCCUGAGGCGUGUUUAUGUGAAAGUGGAUUGGACGCUUCUUUAAGCCUCUUUGUCUCCCUUCUUUUCCUUCCUCUCUUUCACGCAUUUUCGCUCUUUUUUAUUUUUUUCCCUCCCAUUAAUUAUUGCACUUUGGUUCUUUUGGCCAUAAUGCCCAUUUGAUGAUGCUUCUUUUUGCUUA